GUCACGUGCCCCCACGUCAGUUUUGUAAACAUCAAACAUGGCGACCCCCUCUGCGCUCCGUGCUCUCCUCCUGACUAAGAGCAAGCACGCCAAACUUGUAAUUUGUCAAACCACACGCAGUAUGUACCUGGGGAAACUCUUCCGGACAGCUCGGCUUCAGAGCUUGAAUCAGGAACCACUGCGAUGGAGCUCAACAUCCGGCUCCUGGUCGGCAAGGUCACGACAGAUGGAAGAAAUGGGUCGUGAGAAGCACCAGCACCAUGGCGAGGGACCCCCGGGGAGCGGCGCGGUACUCGGGGCACUCGCGUUUUCCUUCUUCCAGUCCACAGAGGAGGACACGAGAAGCGAGGCGCAGAAGAGCGAGGAUGAGAUCAUUAUGCUGUUGAAGAAGGCCAAGCUCAGCAUGUACAGGGGUCAGCUCCCGGCGGCGUCUGGUCUGCUCCACCAGGCAGUCGCUCUGGCCCACAAGUCCUCCAACACACAGGCCAUCAUCUACACCUACAGCCUGAUGGCCAACCUAGCCUACGUCCAGGGUCAACUGGACAAGUCAGAGAAACUUUUCAAAGCAACCAUGAGCUACAUGCUCUCUGGGGGAACGCCAGAGAACGACAACGGCAUCAUAGAGAUCUCCCUGAAGCUGGCCACCAUAUACGCCGGUCAGAACAAGACAGAGUUAGCAGAACACGGCUACCGGUUCUGUACAGAGUCUCUGGAGGCUAAACUGGAGCAGCACAAGGACAGCUCACCCGACGACCAAUCAAGUACCGACCAGUCAGAGACCGACCAAUCAGAGGGUCUGAGGAAGGAGACGCGUCUCCUCCUGGGUCUGUGUUUGGACUCGCGGGCCCGGUACUGCGCGGCCACUCGCCGGCUGAAGCAGGCCACCCAGGACUACCGCCGGGCCCUGCAGAUCUGUAGCGAGGAACAGGGCGAGACCCACCCUCAGACCCUGGUGCUGAUGAGCGACCUGGCCACCAUCUUGGACCUGCAGGGGCUCCACGCCGAGGCCCUGCCCGUGGUGAGGCGGGCCGUGGCGCUGGGCCGCCAGGCCGGCCACCCGGACCAGCACGUGCUUCUGGGGAACCUGGCGGGGAUCCUGCUGCACCAGGGGGACAUGCAGGCAGCGUUGGACCUGUACAAGGAGGCUCUGUCCCUGGCCCGGGCGGCCGGUGACGAGGAGGCGGUGGAGCAGAUCCAAGAGGGGCUGAUGGAGGUGAAGAAGAGGAGGGAGGAGCAGCUGAAGGAGACGGAGGAGGAAGAGGAAGUGGAUCUGAAGUGAGGGGGAUGGAUGAACGGUUAGGGUGGAUAAAUAGUUUUGGUGGAUGGAUGGAUGAAUGGACAGACUGUUACGAAUGUUUGAUGAAUGAUCCUUCAUUGUUAAACUCUUGGUCCCCAUGACCCCCUUGGACCCCCCCAAGGUGGUCUCUACCGGUGUGUGUGGGUCAGAACCAAUGUCUGUACCAAAGACUUCUAACAAACCAAUGGAAAUGACCAUCUCCUAACCACAAUAUUGAUGAUGAUAAUGUAACCUCGCAACCUCAACCAAACCCCUAGGGUUGACCUCAUCCUCUCUCAUCUCUCCUACUGCAAAGAAUCGUUUGGUGUAGAUGAAACCGUAGUAUUUCAUGUGUUUGUGUGAACAUGGUACAACAGAUACAGAGGUGUAAUAUAAACAAAAAUAGUAAAGAAAUAUAUUCUCUCUUCAAUCCCAUUAUCAUUUUAUGUUGAAAAUAAAACUAUGUUUGAAGUUG